CUUGAUUCAUUUUCUUCUGAAAUUCCUAUUCAUUCUUCCAUCUUCUUGAUUUCGUUUCAAUUCUGAAAUCAUGUCUGAAACAAAUUCAAACAAAACAAACAAUUCUACUCUCACACCUAAUCAAGAUCCUACGAGUUCAUACUACAUCCAUCCAUCUGAUAUGAACUCUUUGCAAUUAGUUUCAACUAAAUUUAGUGGAGUUGGUUAUGGUGAUUGGAAGCGUAGUAUGACUAUAGCAUUAUCAGCCAAGAACAAGCUUGGUUUUAUUACUGGAGAAAUUACUAAGCCAACAGAUCCUGAUGAUCCUAAUCUGAAACCUUGGGAACGUUGUAAUGACAUGAUUAUUUCAUGGAUUUUACACAAUCUAGACGCUACUAUAGCUAGGAGUGUGUUGUAUUUCAAUUCAGCUUUUGAAAUUUGGAAAGACUUGGAAGAAAGAUAUGGAUAUACUUCUGGACCUCAACUUUAUUCUCUUGAACAACAACUCUCAGAGAUCUCACAAGGAGAAAGUAGCAUAGCAGAGUAUUUUACGAAAAUCAAGAUGAUUUGGGAUGAGGUGAACUCAGCUAAUCCUCUGCCUACCUGUAUCUGUAAUCUUUGCACUUGUAACCUGACAAAGAAGAUCUACAAGAUGCAACAGGAACAAAGGCUUAUGCAUUUUCUCAUGAAGCUAAAUGAGGCUUUUGCUCCAGUGAGAGGUCACAUUUUAAUGAUGAAUCCUUUACCAGCUCUAACUCAAGCAUAUCGAUUGUUGAUUCAAGAAGAAAGACACAAAGAGCUCAGUCAACUCUCUACUCAGACUGAUAGUAUGGCUUUUGCUGCAGACAGAAGAAAAUUCUCUGAUAAUAGGAGUGAUAAUAGAGGAUUUUACAAGCCCAUUAAUUCUUCUAUGAAUUACAAGCCUCCUCCAUAUUCACAGCAAGGAGUGCAGAUGAUUUCUGGUACUAAGAGGCCAUAUCCCAACUCUUAUUCAUCUUAUUUUUGCAAUCAUUGCAACAGAUCCGGACAUUCUAUUGAAAGAUGCUGGAAGUUACAUGGGUAUCCAAAUGAUACCAAGUUCAAUAAAUUCAAAGGUGUUGCAGCCAUUGCUCAACAACCAGAUUCUCAUGAUGCUGAAGUUCACAACUCAGACAACAUUGCUGCUCCUAUCAUCACCAAAGAACAAUAUGCUCAUCUUCUUUCUCUUUUAAGCAAAUAUCCAGACUCUUCUUCCACACCACUUGAAGAUGGUGAGAUAUCUGGUCAAGCUCACUUAGCAGGGCCAUUUGCAGAAAGGGCCUCCUCUUCUUCUUGGUAAUCUGAGUGGUGGUUUAUAUGGUUUGGAAGGUUUCAAGUCUCAACAAAUUGCUUCCACUUCUACGUAUGACAAGCAUUGUAAUCAGACAUCUUCUGUAAAUAUUGAUGAUUCUCAAAGAUGGCAUACUAGACUAGGACAUUUGCCUUUUACUCAAUUCAAACACAUUCCUUCUCUUGCACAUCUUAAAGAUUGUAAGGAUUGUGGCAUAUGUCAAGUCUGUCCUGCUGCGAAACAAACUAGGUCUAGCUUUCCUAGUAGUAGCAUUAAAACAACACAUGCUUUUCAGCUUAUACACAUUGAUGUUUGGGGUCCAUAUAGGCAAAGUACUCAUAAUGGCUUUACUCAAUUUCUUACUAUUGUGGAUGAUUUUACAAGAACUACAUGGAUUCAUCUAUUGAAAUACAAAACUGAUGUUAUGAAUGAUUUCUGUCAAUAUGUUGAGACACAAUAUAACACUAAGAUUCUUUGUGUGAGAUCGGAUAAUGCCAAGGAACUAGUGGAAGGUGCUAUGCUCUCUUUCUACAAGAAGAAA